GAGACGGGAUGCUUCGGUGGCGAUGCGCUCGAAGAUGUCGUUAACGAACGAGUUCAUGAUGCCCAUGGCUUUGCUGGAGAUACCAGUGUCAGGGUGAACUUGCUUCAACACUUUGUAGAUGUAGAUGGCAUAGCUUUCCCUUCUCUUUCCUCUCCUCUUCUUCUUUCCAUCGGCAAUAGCCUUCGCCUUUCCGGCUUUCUUCUCGCCCUUCUUUCCUGCAACUUUAGCUGGCAUCUUGUUAAAUAACGAAGAUUGAUGGUUGUGUGGCGUUGUUCGGUUUGUAUUUAUAUCGGAAUUGUGAAAGGAUAUAUUACCAUACGGAUCGAAAUUCUCGAUCAAUGAUUGGCUUAUUCUUAUACUGACCCCAGGGGUCAACUUGCAUGACAUUCUCUCUUUAUUCAAAUAUAUUACUAGGAUAUUAAAUUAUAUGAAACUUGCUACUGAUUGGUGCUUUUCGAUCCUUCCAGCAUAAUAAACGAAAUAUAAAUAUCAAAAGUGGUAAAAAGUUUACCAUUCACUCUUGCUGAAAGCACUCAAAGCAGUUCGUAUCGACAUGUCUGGUCGCGGUAAAGGUAAAGCUAAGGGCACCAAGUCCAAGAGCCGCUCAUCCCGAGCAGGGCUUCAAUUCCCAGUUGGUCGUAUCCAUCGUCUUCUCCGCAAAGGCAAUUACGCGGAGCGUGUUGGCGCUGGUGCUCCUGUGUAUUUGGCUGCUGUGCUCGAAUAUCUGAGCGCUGAAAUCCUCGAGUUGGCAGGUAACGCUGCGCGUGACAACAAAAAGACAAGAAUCAUUCCCCGUCACCUUCAGCUAGCUGUCCGUAAUGACGAGGAGUUGAACAAACUGCUCGCCGGGGUCACCAUCGCACAGGGAGGUGUUCUUCCCAACAUCCAGGCCGUACUUCUGCCUAAGAAGACUGAGAAGAAACCCAAGGCCUAAAUCAGCUUUAACACGUUUAAAAACGGCUCCUUUAGGAGCCACCAAAUAUUACAAAAGUCUUAACCAACUAAAUGCGAUCCAGUGAACAUGAAUAAAAAGAACAACCAAGUAACGAUUAACCUGAAUAUCACUUCAUAACCUUCCUCCCCAGUUUCUAGUUUGAUGCCAUAAAGGUAAAAAAUCUACGGUAUCUCGGGAAAUGAAUGUUGACAAACGACCAAAUGCACUAGCAAAAGCUUUCACGCACGAAAAUCUAGCUCCAUCGGAAAAUUUCUCGACCCAAAUGUGUGUAUUAACUUUCGCGCCAAAAUCGUUAGUCGUUACACUCUUGUUAUGUCGACGUCACUGGCGGUUAUUAAAAAAUUGCGCCUGAAUAUGAUGAUUUUGAUUUAUACAUUUGCUGCACGUUACACUUAUGCGAGAAACGAAACGAAACUCGGAAUGAAAAGAAAGCCGACAGUGAUCUCAUGCGGGUGACUAACAAGUGGGCCCAUUGAUUGCAACUAAAAAAAAUGGUACUAAUAAUUCAUAUGUAAAAAAACCAAUAAGAACAAAUAGAGAAGGCUUUCAAUCGUGUAUGCCAGGUGUAUUUUAUCUUUCCUAAGCGGGCUGUUUUUUUCUUGCGCCACUGAAACCCUACCAUGACGCGCGCAGAUAAUGCGAUCAUUUUCUUUUGUAAACAAGAAGUAUGAGCGAAGCAUAUAGAAUCUAGUGGACUGCAAAAAAGCACACACAUUUAUUGGUCAUGACUUUCCUUAUAUUUGGUGGCUCCUAAAAGAGCCGUUUUGUUGUUGUUAGUGGUGCCUGUCUAACCGCCAAAGCCGUAUAGAGUGCGGCCUUGUCUCUUCAGAGCGUACACAACAUCCAUGGCUGUGACAGUCUUUCGCUUGGCGUGCUCCGUGUAUGUCACAGCAUCACGGAUCACAUUCUCGAGGAAAACUUUUAGAACGCCACGAGUCUCCUCGUAGAUCAGGCCAGAAAUUCGCUUGACACCGCCACGGCGGGCAAGACGACGAAUGGCUGGUUUGGUAAUACCUUGGAUGUUAUCGCGAAGAAUCUUUCGGUGACGUUUGGCGCCCCCUUUUCCUAGACCUUUACCGCCUUUACCUCGACCAGACAUAUUGAUUAGUACUCGUGUGCAAGAGUUAUGGCAAGUGAGAGUGCGUUAUUACAUUUUAUGGGGAAAGAUAUGACCUCUCAGAAAGCAGUGUGGAAAUACAUGUUGCUAUUGGUUGAGGAAAAAUAUCUAAUCAUAAUUAUUAAUGCAGUAUUAACAUGUAUUAACAUGAAUCACACGGCAUUCUGCGCGCGCUAGUUUGACAGUUGGAAACAACUCUAUAUCUAGAAGUCAGUUGUGAACCACGCUAAGUAAAGGUUAAGCAUUCUAGUUAUCCUACAUGGAAAAUUUAAGGGGUGGAUAGUUCUCAAUUUAUGCUCAAACGACCUUUCAGUUAUUUCGGAUCAAAAUAUAAUCACAUAUCUGAGAAUUAAUUCACAGAUUUCGUACCUAACCAAUCAAAUCUCUUGAUUUCGAGCCAAUCAGAAACAAGCCCGCCAGGUAUAAAUCAAUUUCUCAGUUAAGUUUAUGUAUUAUCAUUUAUUCUGAGUCUUUGAACAAGAUGGCACGUACGAAACAAACUGCACGAAAAUCGACCGGUGGAAAAGCUCCACGUAAACAACUCGCCACAAAGGCAGCUCGUAAGAGCGCUCCUGCUACCGGUGGAGUCAAGAAACCUCAUCGUUACAGGCCUGGUACAGUAGCUCUUCGUGAGAUUCGUCGUUACCAGAAAUCCACCGAGUUGUUGAUCCGCAAGUUGCCCUUCCAGCGUCUUGUGCGAGAAAUCGCUCAAGAUUUCAAGACUGAUCUGCGUUUCCAGAGCUCGGCUGUGAUGGCUCUUCAAGAAGCUAGCGAAGCUUACCUCGUUGGUCUUUUUGAAGACACCAACUUGUGCGCCAUCCACGCCAAGCGUGUCACGAUCAUGCCCAAGGACAUUCAGCUGGCCCGCCGAAUCCGCGGAGAACGAGCAUAAUCGGACUCCGCUUCAAAUCACAAACGGCUCUUUUAGGAGCCACCACAUAAAUAAAAGCAAUGACCAAUCUAUGAGCCCCUGUUGACCUAACAAUAAAUUCUUAAAAUAUAAAAUGUGACACUAAAUAGAAGUUGAACCCAUUGAAAUUGUUACACCAUAUUUGCUCGGUGCGCGUCUUGGCGACAAUACAGACAUAUAAGUUAUGUCUGGCCUGUAUCCGUGCUUAGGAACACACCAUGUCUUCAUUUCUUAAGUAACCUAAAGAAACUAACCUUACCUUUUUUCAUUUACACUUCGCGCAUGUUAUUUUGGCGCUAAUAUUAUAUGAAUAUGCCGCGAUAACUGAUACAUUUUGCCAUCUUUUGGAUCUGUUUCUUACAUCCCGAUACUUGUUUUCUCACGCUUGACUUUCAUGCUGCAUGAAAUGUAAAAUUGCAAUGUAAACUACACUUACUUCUUUCGAAUUAGCACACCGCUUAUCAAGUCAAGUAUGAAAAGGCGGACGUCAUAGGUUUGUUAUUCUUGUUCGAAUUUAGAGGCCGGCCUUCCUUUGAAUACGCAUCAUUUUUUCAUACAAAAGCGAAAUUAAGGACCCUUUCCAUCCUGCUGUUACGUUAUGAUGUAACUAAACUUAAAUUUUCUUUUCUGGGGUAGUUGGUCUGACGGGAAUCCGGUACCUACUAAAUUGUGUCGGACAAAUUAUUCCUAUUCGAUCGAUAAUUAAAUAAACUGGAUAUUCGCAAAUAGUCUGCUGUUUCGCGUCCCUCUAAAUCGCACACCUCACCUCAGAGGAAGCCUACUGCAGUGUUUAGCAAAAAGAUUACAUUGCCAACUAUUUAUAAGUUUUUUUCGUGAAUGAAUUUGCCACAUUUUGAGAAUAUAUUCUCUCUAACUUAACUCCGCUCUUGGCAUGAAAAUCUGAUCAGAAGUCGACAACGCGCAACCGUCAACCGGUUCAUUCAAAACUGUCUUUUCAGUAAAGCAAGGCAAAUCCACCAAAAUAACCUCAGAGCGUUUUUCAAGCGCCCUUCGUUUUCAAACGAUUGCUUCAAUGUUACCCCAUCUCCAAGUCUUUUUCUUUGUUCGAGACAUUUAGCAUACCUCUUAUUAAGGUCACGUAUGAAAUGGCGGACGUUAUAGUUUUGUUCUUCUUGUUCAAGUUUAGAGGCUGCUCUGCCUUUGAAUAUGCAUCGAAAGGCUAUGUAUUUCAUACAAACAAAAAUUAAGGAAUCAAUCUUUCUGAUAAUUCUUAAAAUGCUGAUAAAAGGUGACUGAAACUGAAGUUCUUUGCGCAUUUUUCCAAAGUUCUUUCGUAGUCUUACCGCGUUGUAGACUUUUGAGCAUUAAAUGUCAUUCUUAAUUUGAGUAAUUUAAAGUAAAUUUUACAUCCACAUUUUAUGAGAGAACGUAGCUAAGUUCUCUAUAGUUAGAAAAGAUCUGAAGUAAUUGAAUAAGCCCGUUAUCGACCAAAAUGUCAAGCAAACUAACACAGUUUAGACGACGCCAUUUUGGUCUAACCCUGUUUCCUCAGUGGUCCGUACAUGAGGAAUAAUAUUUCUUUGCGCGCUCUAAGUAGUCAUUACUUGCCUUAGUUCCGAAGGUUUUACAGCACACAAUAUGUCCGAAGCAAAGUCACCAGCUAAGAAGAAGCCAGCUGCGCCCAAAAAGCCAGCCGAGCAUCCACCUUACGCAGACAUGAUCAAAGCUGCUAUCUUAGCGUUGAAAGAGCGAAAUGGUUCUUCCCGCCAAGCCAUCGAGAAGUACAUCAAAGCCAACUACAAGGUGGACGAGGUUGGCUCGCACUUGAAGAUGGCUUUGAAGAGGGGCGCCACAAGUGGAAAGUUUGUCCACACCAAGGGAGUCGGUGCUUCUGGUUCGUUUAAGUUAGCCAAGGAGGAAAAGAAGGAGAAGAAGCCAAAGAAAAAGCCAGCCGCAAAGAAGAAGCCUGCAGCCAAACCUAAGAAACCCGCCGCCAAGAAGACAGCAAAGAAACCAGCGGCGAAGAAGGCUGCAAAGAAACCCGCCGCUAAAAAGCCAGUAGCGAAGAAACCAGUGGCUAAAAAACCAGCGGCAAAGAAGCCUGCGGCUAAAAAACCAGCUGUAAAGAAGCCCGCAGCUAAAAAGCCCGCCAAGAAAGCAACGAAGAAAUCGCCAAAGAAGACCACCAAGAAAUAA